UAGUAGAAUCUUUAGAUGUCUAAAUUUUGACAAAUAGUUUUCCUGCUCACUAUUAUUCUAAUUUAGUAUUCCAACUCUAUAUAAUGUCUUACAGGUGAGCAAUUUACUUAAAUUUGUUUAGUUGAGUGAUUAUUUGGAUUUAAUAUUUUUGAGAUGGAUGAAGAAAGAAACAGUGAGGUCAGGGAUGUAAAUAUAUCGGCACCAGAAAUUGGAAUGACUUUUAUCAAUUUUGAUGCCGUUUUGAAUUUCUAUAAGCAUUAUGCACAAGAAAUAGGAUUUGCAGUUGUAAAGAGGUCAACAAAAAUGACCGAUGGCAAGGCUACAUAUGUAAUAAUCGCAUGCUCUCGUCAUGGAAAAAUGUAUCGGACCGUAACGAAUAUUCGUCCUCGUCCAUCGGUAGCAAAGACAAACUGUCCAGCCAGAAUAAAUGUGGUAAUAAAUGCGGAUUCAUCUUGUGUAAUAAGCAAAAUUACACUUGAGCAUAAUCACACUCUAAGUCCUUAUAAGUCUCGAUUUUUUCCCUGCAAUCGAGUUAUAGAUACAAGCGUCAAGAGGCGGCUUGAUCUUAAUGAUCGUGCUGGAAUAAGAUUGAAUAAAAGUUUUAAUUCUAUUGUUGUUGAGGCUGGUGGAUAUGAAAACUUAACAUUUGGAGAGAAGGACGCUCGCAAUUAUAUUGAAAAAGCCCGUCGGUUACGACUUGGUGAAGGUGACGGCGAAGCAAUUUGUAAUUAUUUUAGAGAAAUGCAAGAGAGAAAUGGAAACUUUUUUUAUGCCAUAGAUCUAGACGAUGAUUCUCGGCUUCGCAAUGUGUUUUGGGCAGAUGCUCGGAGUAGAGCGGCGUAUGAAUGUUUUGGAGAUGUAAUAACUUUCGACUCGACAUAUCUAACAAAUAAGUACGAUAUGCCAUUUGCUCCUUUUGUUGGUGUUAACCAUCAUGGACAGUCGAUCUUGUUGGGGUGCGGCCUACUCUCCACUGAAGAUACAGAAUCGUUUGUAUGGCUCUUUCGGAAUUGGUUGUCAUGCAUGUCGGACCGUGCCCCGAAAGCAAUAAUCACAGAUCAAGAUAAAGCGAUGCAAAAUGCUAUCGCACGUGUCUUUCCUAAUACUCGGCAUCGAUGGUGCUUAUGGCACAUAACAAAAAAGAUACCGGAAAAGCUAAGAAGCUAUGGCGAAUAUCAUUCGAUGAAGAGCGUGAUGAUGGAUGCUAUUUAUGAAUCACUGACAGAAAUUGAAUUUGAGGAAAAAUGGAAGAGAAUGAUAGCUUGUUAUGCACUUGAAAAUAAUCAGUGGUUGUCAGGCCUGUACGAGGAAAGACAUAAGUGGAUACCAGCUUAUGUGAAGGAUACAUUUUGGGCUGGAAUGUCCACAACACAGCGUAGCGAAAGUAUGAAUGCAUUUUUUGAUGGGUAUGUGAACUCGAAAACUUCAUUAAAACAAUUCGUUGAGCAAUAUGAAAGCGCAAUAAAAAAUAAAGCUGAAAAAGAAGCAGAAUUAGACUACAAAUCAUUCAGCUCAGUCAUCCCGUGUAUCAGCCGUUAUGCAUUUGAGAAGCAAUUUCAAGAUGUAUACACGAUUACGAAAUUUAGAGAAUUUCAGGCAGAGUUGAAGGAAUUAUUGCAUUGUGAGACCUCCUUAUUGUCUUCGACAGGCAGUGUGUAUUCUUAUCAAGUAAAUGAGUAUGGCGACGGAGGUAAAGAUGUACCCUUCACAGUAUAUUUUGAUGAAAGUACCUCUCUAGUAAGUUGUAUUUGCCGUCUAUUUGAGUAUAAAGGUAUUUUAUGUCGACAUUCAAUUGCCGUCCUAGUUCAUAGGAAGUUGAUGAUUGUCCCAAAUUCGUACAUAUUAAUACGAUGGAGGAAGGAUGUCAGACGGAGGUAUACCCGCGUGAAGACAUGGCAUAAGAAUUUAGGGAGCACCGCUGAAAUUUAUCGAUAUGAAGAAGUAUGUAGGAAUAUGUAUGACAUUGCAGACAUAGCUGCUGAGUCUGAUGAAAAAUGUGAACUAGCAUUACGUACAUUACGAGAUUUGAAGACGAAAUUAGAAAAUACUUCAUCAUCCAAGGGGAGCAAUGAUAUUGAAUAUUCGCCGAUUGUGGCAACACCUCCGAAUGAUGCGUCGAAUGGUAAAAGUAACGACCAGAGAGUUUUGAGCCCAGUACCUAUUCGCAGUAAAGGCCGCCCGCCAAGUAAAAGAAAAGAGUCGACGACCGAUAAAGUAGUACGACGGUUGAAGAUAACAGGCAAUAAAGAACAGGUUGGGCAACAUUGUUGGGACAGGUUCAUCUACAAAGUCCUACGAUUAACAAUUCGUCAGCAAGUGACUUACCUUAUGGGAUGGGUGUACAAAGUAGCCGAGGCAUCAUCGUUACAGUAA